AUGGAGGGUGGCGGCUGGUUUCCGAAGGCUGGCGUUUUCCGGGCGGCGGUCGAAGUCCCGCCGUGCCGGCUGCAGCGUAAGCGCGAAGGCCCGGCGGGGCCGACGGGGCCCGACGGGGCGCACGGGCCUCGGCGGGUUCUGCGCGCUGUGUACGUGAGCAACGAGAGCCCCGAUGGCGGCGCGGCCGGUGGCCCUGAGGCGGGGGCGCGGCAGUGCCUGUUGCGGGCUUGUGAGGCCGAGGGCGUCCACCUCACCUCCGUGCCCUUCGAAGAGCUCCAUGUCGAGGAGACGGCCGUGCUGGACGCCUUCUGCGACGCAGAUAUUGCCGUCGUGGACAUGAGUGAUGUCUCCAGACAGCCUUUGCUCUUCUACCAUCUUGGAGUCCGAGAAAGCUUUAACAUGAUCAAUAACGUGAUCCUGUAUCAUAACGUGGAUGCUGACACUGCUCUUUCAUUGAAGAAUAUGAUUUCUGUAAAAAACACUGAAUCUAUUGGAAAUUAUUAUUUCAUCCCGUACAUUGUGACACCGUGUGACCAUUAUUUUUGCUGUGAGAGUGAUGCCCAGAGUUGUGCCUCAGAGUACAUGCAGCCCAACUGGAAUACCAUCCUCGGUUCACUGUGUGUGCCCCUGGUUGAUAGGUUCACCAGUCUCCUCAAGGACAUCCACGUGACCUCAUGUGCUUAUUACAAAGAAACCUUGUUAAGUGACAUCCGGAGAGCCCAAGAGAACUACCAAGGCGAUGAACUGGUGAAGGAACUGGCUCGGAUCAGACUCCGCAUGGAUAAUACUGAAGUUCUGACCUCAGAUAUCCUCAUUAAUUUACUGCUUUCCUACCUUGAUACCCAGGACUAUGAUGCAGUGGUGAAGCUGGUAGAAACACUGGAAAUACUGCCUACGUAUGAUUUGGCUGCCCAGCAUAACAUUAAAUUGCACUAUGCAUUUGCACUGAAUAGGAGAAAAAAUGCAGGCGACCGUGAGAAAGCUCUGCAGGUCUUGCUCCAGGUUACGCAGAGCUGUGACCACCCCGACAUGUUCUGCCUGUGUGGGAAGAUCUACAUGGACAUCUUCUUGGAGUCGGACUACAAAGAUAACAACAGUCGAGAUAGUGCCAUUGAGUGGUAUCGCAAAGGAUUUGAGUUCCAGUCAUCUCUCUAUUCAGGAAUUAGCCUGGCAGUUUUGCUGAUAGUUGCUGGACAACAAUUUGAAACAUCCAUGGAAUUAAGGAAAAUAGGUAUCCAGCUGAACAGUUUGUUGGGAAGAAAAGGGAGCUUGGUGAAAAUGAACAAUUACAGGGAUGUGGGUCAGUUCUUCACUGUCAGCAUGUUGGUCAACGAUGUUGGGAAGGCUAUCCAGGCAGCAGAAAGGUUGUUCAAACUGAAACCUCCAGUCUGGUACCUGCAAUCGUUAGUUCACAACUUGUUAUUAAUCCAGCUCUUCAAGAAACCCAUUAUCGAUCAUUCACCCAGGGAACAACGGCUUAACUUCUGGUUAGAUAUAAUUUUUGAGGCAACAAAUGAAGUCACUAAUGGACUCAGGUUUCCAGUUCUGGUGAUAGAAACAACCAAAAUCUACCAGCCUUCGUAUGUCGCUAUAAACAACGAAGCUGAGGAGAGGAUGGUCUCUCUAUGGCACGCCUACCCUACAGAAAUGAAACAAAUCCGUGAAUGGAAUUUUACAGCCUCUUCCAUUAAGAAGAUAAGCGUAUCCAAGUUUGAUGAACGGUGUUGUUUUCUUUAUGUCCAUGAUAAUUAUGAUGACUUUGAAAUCUACUUUUCCACUGAAGAGCAGUGCAAUAGGUUUUGCUCUUUGGUCAAAGAGAUAAUAACCAAUGCAGUGGGCAGUACAGUGGAGCUGGAGGAAGAGACUGAUGGGGACACCUUAGAGUAUGAGUAUGACUACGAUGCCAAUGGUGAUAGAAUUGUGCUGGGAAGAGGCACAUAUGGGAUCGUGUAUUCUGGUAGAGAUCUGAGCAAUCAAGUGCAAAUAGCCAUCAAAGAAAUCCAAGAGAGAGACAGCAGGAGCUCUCAGCCGCUGCACAAGGAGAUAGCCCUGCACAGGUACCUCAAGCACCGCAACAUCGUUCGCUGCCUGGGCUCUGUUUCUGAGGAUGGCUACAUUAAGAUAUUUAUGGAGCAGGUUCCUGGGGGUGACCUUUCUGCUCUUUUGCGAUCAGAAAAAUGGGGGCCGUUGAAGGAGCCCACCAUCAAAUUUUACACCAAGCAGAUCCUGGAAGGCCUCAAGUAUCUCCACGAAAACCAGAUUGUGCACAGAGACAUCAAGGGUGAUAAUGUUCUGGUGAAUACCUAUAGUGGAGUGGUGAAAAUCUCUGAUUUCGGAACCUCUAAACGUCUUGCAGGAGUGAAUCUCUGUACGGAGACAUUUGCUGGCACUCUGCAGUACAUGGCACCUGAGAUUAUCAACCAAGGACCCCACGGGUACAGCACCCCAGCUGAUAUCUGGUCCCUGGGCUGCACCAUCAUUGAGAUGGCCACCAGCAGGCCUCCGUUCCAUGAGCUCAGCGAGCCAAUGGCAGCAAUGUUCAAAGUGGGAAUGUUUAAGAUCCACCCUGAGAUUCCAGAAGCCCUUUCAGCUGAAGCCAAAGCCUUCAUUUUAUCCUGUUUUGAGCCUGACCCCCACAGACGUGUCACUGCUGUUGACCUGCUCAAACAGGGCUUCUUAAGGCAGGUGAACAAGGGCGAGAAGAAUCAAAUUGCUUUCAAACCAGCAGGUGCCCGGGUCACGGCCCUGGCUCAGCCCGCGUUGGGGGAGACCCUGGGCAGCAGCAGCAGCAGCAGCGAGCACGGCUCUGACUCCCCCGACUUAGCCGCCCAGCCCGAUGCGUUCCUUGAGAAGGAGAAGGCCCACGCGUCCCGGCAGCGGCUUGGCCGCCUGCACAGUGUUCCGGACGACAGCGCGGCCUCGUGCCCGGAGGACAGGGAUCCGAACCUCUUACUGCAGCUCAAAGACAGCGAGCACCGCGCCAUCCUGUACAAAAUCCUCUCGGAGGAGCAGAACCAGGUGGCUUCCAACCUGCAGGAAUGCUUGGCCCAGAGUUCAGAAGACUUGUAUCUCUCAGUCGGCCACAUCAAGCAAAUAAUUGGGAUCUUGAGGGACUUCAUCCGCUCCCCAGAGCACAGAGUGAUGGCAUCUGCUAUAUCAAAGCUAAAGGUGGACCUGGACUUUGACAGCUCGUUCAUCAGGCAGAUUCACCUGGUGCUGUUUGGAUUUCAGGAUGCUGUAAAUAAAAUUUUGAGGAACCACUUAAUUAGGCCCCACUGGAUGUUUGCAAUGGACAACAUCAUUCAUCAAGCUGUGCAGGCUGCAGUCACCAUCCUCAUCCUGGAGCUCCAAGCCCACCUUGAGCCCACCUCAGAGACCGACAGGGUGGAUAAGGACGCAGAGGAGGUGGAAGAGGACUGUCCCCCCGCAGGCCCCCCCAGGAGCUGCACGCGCACAGCCUACGGAGGCCGCAGCCUGGAGUCUGCAGGUGCCCAGGAGGUGCAGCCCCAGCAGCAACACCAGCAGCACCUGAACCUGCAGCUGGACGAGCUCAGGCAAGAGACCAACAGACUUUUGGAACACCUAGUUCAAAAAGAAAGAGAGUACCAGAAUCUUCUACGGCAAACCCUAGAACAGAAAACUCAAGCACUCGUUCACCUUCAGUUACAUGGUGAGUGAUUUUCUACUUGCUCCGACUUGUGUACCACAAAGAACCCAGUGUUACCUCCUGGGUCUAAUAGGCAGGAAAUAGAUGAAGAGCUUGUAGACUGGUUGCGACUGCAAGGAGCAGAUGUGACUACAAUCCAAAAGAUUGUUGGAGAGGGUUACACACUUUCUGAUAUUCUUAACAAUGUUACUAAGAAAGAUCUAAGAUACCUUAGAAUACGUGGUGGGCUCCUCUGCCAGCUGUGGACUGCAGUGUCCCAGCACAGAAGACAGGCUAAGUCCCUGGCAACCUGCAAGCAGGCCCCCUAA